GUAUUGCGGUCUGUCGGCGGUAGCCGCCAUCUUCUUUCGGUGCGCAGUUUUGUGGACUGUAGGAACGAGGUAGGAGAGGGCCUCCGCGUUCCCCUUAGGGAAGCGAGCUGCAUUUCCGCGGGAGGACCCCCAUCUCCUCCAUCCCCACCAGCGCAGCGCGCGGGUAGGGCGCGCUCACCCGCGCCCGCAGGUAUCGGCGGCGCCCCUGUCAGCGAGUAUCGGUGCGGGGCGCCAUCUUCUCUUUGGCGGUAGCCUCCGGAGCCUGGCGGCUGCUGGUGUGUUCUGACUCCUGCAAGCAGGUCUGGCAGAGCGCAGCAUGAUCGAAGAAGACUGGAAUGCAGAGAUAGGGGACGAGGCGUUGCUCAGAUCCCUUGAGAAGGUUAGCUUGCUUGAGAGACCAAAUGACCCCUCAUCUGUUUUCAGUCCAAGUGUAGAUUCCUUUGAUACUGAUGAAUUUGUAAACACCCAGCAUCAGCCAGUGAGUAGUUUUGGUAGAGGAAGGAAUUUUGCAGCCAAAGGUUUUCAAGAAGGAAAUGGAGAAGAUGCCCUUCCACAAAACAGAGGGUUUAAAGGAUUUGGACAAGGUUUUCAUGAACGAAACGCUGUAGAUGGUGCUAGUACACAGAACAGAGGGUUUAAAGGAUUUCGUGGUGGCUUUGGGCAAGGUAUUCAAGAAGGAAAUGGAGAAGAUGCCCUUCCACAAAACAGAGGGUUUAAAGGAUUUCGUGGUGGCUUUGGACAAGGUGAGGGUGUUCAAGAAGGAAAUGGAGAAGAUGCCCUUCCACAAAACAGAGGGUUUAAAGGAUUUCGUGGUGGCUCUGGACAAGGUGAGGGUUUUCAAGAACGAAAAGCUGUAGAUGGUGCUAGUACACAGAACAGAGGGUUUAAAGGAUUUCGUGGUGGCUUUGGACAAGGUGCUAGAGAUGGACAAAGGGGUAUACCUCAGUCUGGAGCUCUCAGAGAAAGUGGAAGUCUCGCAGAUGGUGCAGGUUUUCAAGAAGGAAAUGGAGAAGAUGCCCUUCCACAAAACAGAGGGUUUAAAGGAUUUCGUGGUGGCUUUGGACAAGGUACAAAAGGUGGGCAGGGGGACAUACCUCAGUCUGGAACUCCCAGUUCUAGAGAAAGAGGAACACUCACAGAUGGUGCAGGUCCAAAGGUGACUUACGUACCCCCUCCUCCACCUGAUGAUGAAGAAGCCAUCUUUGCACGUUAUCAGACAGGAAUGAAUUUUGACAAAUACGAUGAAAACGUUGUUGAAGUGUCAGGAUUGGACCCUCCAGCAGCAUUAAUGAGUUUUGCAGACACUAACAUGUGUCAUACUUUAACUGUGAACAUUGCUAAAGCUGGAUACUCUAAACCUACUCCAGUACAGAAGUACAGCAUUCCUAUUAUACUGGCAGGACGGGAUUUAAUGGCAUGUGCCCAGACAGGGUCAGGAAAAACUGCAGCCUUUCUUGUACCAGUUGUGGCCCAAAUGAUGAGGGAUGGUGUAACUGCCAGUAGCUUUAAAGAGCAGCAAGAACCGGAAUGUAUUAUUACUGCCCCCACUAGAGAACUGGUAAAUCAGAUCUUCCUAGAAGCAAGAAAAUUUGUGUAUGGGACUUGUAUAAGGCCUGUUGUGAUCUAUGGAGGUACACAAACAGACUAUUCGAUUCGUCAAGUAAAGCAAGGCUGUAAUAUACUGUGUGCCACUCCAGGAAGGCUUCUAGACAUCAUUGGAAGAGGAAAGAUUGGUUUGCAUAACGUGAAAUACUUGGUACUAGAUGAAGCAGACCGCAUGCUUGAUAUGGGUUUUGGUGCAGAUAUGAAGAAGCUGGUAUCUUUCCCAGACAUGCCACAGAAAGACAAACGCCAAACACUAAUGUUUAGUGCUACUUUUCCUGAGGAAGUACAGAGGCUAGCUGGUGAAUUUUUGAAAACUGACUUUUUAUUUGUUGUUGUUGGACAUGUGGGUGGAGCAUGCAGUGAUGUUCAGCAGAAUAUUCUUCAAGUUUCUCAGUAUUUCAAGAGGGAUAAACUGAUAGAAAUUCUACACAGCAUAGGUAAUGAACGAACUCUGGUCUUUGUGGACACAAAGAAAAAAGCAGACUUCAUUGCAUGCUUUCUUUGUCAAGAAAACAUACCAGCUACUAGUAUCCAUGGAGAUAGAGAACAGAGAGAGAGAGAAAUAGCUCUUCGGGAUUUUCGUUCUGGAAAAUGUCCAGUUCUUGUGGCAACCUCAGUGGCAGCAAGAGGUCUAGACAUUGAAAGCGUUCAGCAUGUUAUUAAUUUUGAUCUUCCUUCCACCAUUGAAGAGUAUGUACACCGAAUUGGACGAACUGGUCGUUGCGGAAAUACAGGGAAAGCGGUUGGCUUCUUUGAUAACAAUUCUGAUGGUCAUCUUGCACAGCCUCUAAUUAAAGUGCUUUCAGAUGCUCAGCAGGAAGUUCCUGUUUGGCUGACGGAAAUUGCAUUUGAGUCUGAAGGAGGACGACUCCCAGUUCAUACCCAGAAGAAUUACAGAGGCAGAGGCAGUGUGAAUGCAGGAGAAGUAAGGAUGGAGUGUUCUGCAAGAGAAAUCGAGUCAUGGGAUUAAACUACUUCAUACCAAACUAGUUUGUACUCUGUUGUGCUGUAAGUGAGAUGUUGCAUGAGAAAGUAAUCUUGUGAAGGCCUAGUUUGGGAAGGAGCUUUAUGUAAGGGUUCACCUAAACUUUGUUCCUUUAUUUGUAACAUGUCAGUUAAAAAGUUUGAAUCUUGUGUUAUGAUGAUGUAAGGAUUUGUUAAACAGCUCUUAAGCAGUUAAUAAAAGUUUGAGAUACGCACUUUGA